ACGAGGAGGCUUUGCGCCAAACUCUGAGAGGGGACAGAGAGACCGGCCGUGCUAGGUGCGAGGAUUCAUUGGUCGAGGCCGCCGUGAGGUUGGCAGGCGUGAGGUGAGGCUCCUAUGAUCAGAUACGAAAGGGGGAACCCUUACGGUACCUUGGAUAGGGUUUUGACGCGAGGAGAAAGAUAUGAAGUGACUCUCCCGAGAGUUAGAGGGGAAGGAGAGGUAACUACCGAGUUCUUCGAAAUUUACGAGCAGGAAACAAUGGUCUGGUUCUCAGUGGCGUCCGAGGGGAACAGUUGCACGAGGAAGGCGGAAAUCUUUUUGUCCCCUGACGCUCGGCUUAUCUUCGCAACUGAAUUAGCGGAGGGAAAAAAUCCUCUAGUCAUCGCCGAAAAAACCCUAGAACGAGUGCAGAGAUUGAGGAGAGUUGGCACCGGGAACACCGUGAUUGAUAAGGUAGAGUACCGAGGGAGGACGGAAGUUCCAAGGGCAGCCCACGGGAGAACUUGGACCAUCCCUACCUGGGCCUAUCAACUACUCUACGCUGACGACGAGAUCGUGAGGAGCGUUCGAUUGAGGGGUCAAGUGAUAGAAAAAUUCCCUCUGGGUGAAGAAGGUGGCCACGAACUAUACACCCAGUGCUGGGAGUCGAGAGAGGACACUGACUUCGAGUGGUGGGCACGCGUUGGAGAGUUCAUCAAGCCUCUGUUCUCUGGGCAAGCUGGCGAUGUGGACAGGGAUUUGAUUAGGAGGUAUGCGCAAGAAGGGGUUGGGGGCAUCUCGGACCUAGAGAUUGCGAAUCUUGCGUUGGCCGCCAGUGAAGAGAAGAAACUGAGGGAUUCUUGGUGGACGGUAACCAGUGAGGAGUCAGAGGGAGAAAGUGUUGACGAGGAUUCUAGUGAGGAGAAUGGGGGAUCGGAGGUGGAGAAGAACUCGGAAGGAAACGAGGACAAUAGUGAGGAAAAUGAGCCGGGAACCGGCGGAAUCAAGAAACAUAAAACCGUGGCGGAGAAAGUGAAACCUGCCGCGGUCAGCCGGGAUAGAACGGGGGAAGCUACAAUAUCGAAAGAGGAGAUAGCCGAUAUCAUCCGGAAGAGGAAAGAGACAGAAGGGCAAAGGAUAACGGCCGAUAGACUGGCCAAAAUAGAUAUAGGAGAUGGAAAUCUCACGGAGGAAGAAAAAGGGUUCAUAGCGAUGACCUUAAGGGGCUGCGAUAAAGCCAUUGCCUUUGAUGACUCGGAGAGAGGGAGAAUCGACCCAAGGUAUGCUAAGCCGGCUCGGAUCCACACGGUCCCGCACGUGCCCUGGAAGGAGAGGCCUCAGUGGAAGUACGCUCAAAAGGAGAAAGAGGAGAUAGUAGCGUUUAUCAAGGAGAAGAUCAGAACAUUCGUCGCGGAGCCCUGUGAGAGUGCAUACUCCAAUAAGUGGUUCUUUCUGAGAAAAGGGGGUAGCAACAAACUAAGGUGGAUACAAAACCUCCAAAGGACCAACGCGGUCACUAUAAGGGAUGUGGGGUCGAUACCGGAAGCAGAUCUGCUCGCGGAAGGGUCGGCAGGUCGUUCGAUAUUCUCGAUCUGUGAACUCUUUUCGGGGUAUGAUGAGAUUUCCUUGGACUACCGCGAUAGGCAUAUGACCGCCAUGCAUACGCCUCUAGGGCUGGUCCAAAUGAUGGUGGUACCCAUGGGGUGGACUAACGGGGUAGCCGUAUUCCAAAGGGCCAUGAUCGCCGUCCUCAAGGAAUUCAUACCGGAUAAGGUGGAAGUUUUCCUGGAUGACUUCCCGAUAAAAGGACCGGUCGAAAGGGAUGAGACGGAAGUCUUUCCAGGAGUGAGAAAGUUUGUGGCCGACCACAUGAGUGAUGUCAGAAACGUCCUUGAGAAGUUGGAUGAUGCCAACCUCACCGUGAGUGGGACUAAGAGUCGUUGGGGCGUGUCCUCCAUCAAGAUACUGGGGUUCAUUUGCGAUAAGGAGGGGCGGAGGCCCGAUCCCGAGAAAUUAGUAAAGUUGAUGACUUGGCCAUCGCCACUCAAAUCCAUAACAGAGGUCCGACAGUUUCUAGGGGUUGUGGGCUACUGGAGAAUCUUCAUAAAAGCCUAUGGAGAUAGAGCGGAACCCCUGAGAAGACUCCUCAGGAAGUCGGAAGGAUGGGUUUGGGGAGAAGAACAAGCCGCGGCCAUGGAAGUUUUGAAGGAGGAGUUCCGAGAAGGUGGGGAGGUCCUAGGAGUCUCGUUCUUCGAAGACGAGGAGAGUCGCCCGUUCAUAGUGUCCACGGAUGCUGGACCUCACUCGGUGGGGGGCCUCCUGUCUCAAAAGGACGGAGAGGGGAAGGAGAGGCCGUUGCGAUUCGAGAGUCGGACAUUGAACCCCGCCGAGAGAAAUUAUAGCCAAUUCAAAAAGGAGGUGUUAGGGGUCCUGCAUUGCCUAAAGGCCUUCCGUCAUUACCUAUACGGGCGACAAUUUCUCCUGAGGGUGGACCCAACUGCAGUAGCGGCGGUCCUCCAGAAGGAUUUCUCGCUAACCGAUCCGACCAUCGCACGCUGGAUGAUUCACAUUAGGCUUUACGACUAUAGCGUCGAGAGGAUAUCAGGGACCAAGAACCAGGUCGCGGACGACUUGUCCCAGCUUCCCAUUCGUGAGGAGGACCUGCCUAGGCUUAAGGAUGAAGAAGUGACAAUGGCCAAAGAGGAGAUAAUGAAAGUCGUCACUAAUAGGGCGCAAAUAGCAGGGAGCGACCGAGGGGAAGAAGGGGGACCGAGGACUUUUCUCGCAAAUCUCUACGAUGGGAAGUACCGAGACAUAGGGCUGUACUUGGCUGGUAGGGAAAUAGGGACUGAAAGAAUCCAACAAGAGGCGCUGGGGUAUUGCCUGCGGGGAGGCCAUCUCUUCAAAAGGCCCACCAAGUUUGCAAUACCCAUGAGGGUACUGUGUGAUCCAGAGGAAAGGAGGGCGGUCAUAGAGGAACUCCACGACGGGAUCGUUGGGGGUCAUAGGGGGGUGAAGGGUACUUUCGAUAAAGUUCGUAGGCUUUAUUGGUGGGAUGGUCAAUACACGGAGGUAGAAAAGUACUGUUCGACGUGUGAGGCUUGCCAGAAAAGGGCGACGGUUCGAUACAAAGAACCCUUAGUUCCAUCGCUUCCCACGGUUCCGGGCGAGAAGGUCCAUGUGGAUUUAGUGACCAUGUCGAGAGGGGUCGGCGGACUUCGGUACGCCCGGGAUGACCUCACGGGGUUCGUAGAGGCAAAGGCUAUUAAGAAGAAGACGACGGAAGAGGUGAGUGAUUUUCUCCUGGAGUACAUCGCUCGCUACGGAUGUGUCGGGAGGAUAGUCAUGGGUAGGGGAGCAGAGUUCUUGAGUCAGACGGUCAAAGGGUUGUUGGAAAAGGCAGGCAUAGGGGCGGCCUAUACGACCGCCUAUCACCCCCAAAGCAAUGCACCGGUAGAAAGAGGUCACCAGACGCUUGUGGAUGCUCUAGCGAAAUGGUGCAAAGGCCGCCGGAAACAGUGGCCGAGAUAUUUGCGAAACCUCCUGCGCGCGAAGCUCGGCACAAACGCAUCGCAGAGAGCAGCGCAGGGCGGACACACGUAUACACGUCCUCUGAAAGCCGGCUAUGGCAGAAGGGCGGAUGGACACGUGUCACAACAUACACGUGCUCUUAAAACCGGCUAUGGCGGAAGGGCGGAUGGACACGUGUCACAACCUGCUCGACGCAAGCGACGACGACGAAAUCGGAGCAAUAGGACAGCUGGCGGCCAAUUGAAGCUGGAGAAGAUCCCGAUCUGUAGACCAGGCUGCGGCACCUCCUUUUUUAUUGACGUCGAUGAUAAUGAAGUAGAGCGAGGGUCAUUCGCUCUGCAGGCGAUGGCCUUCGUUGACGUCGAACGCGAUUUGACCGAGAAGACGACUCCGAUGGAUAGACUUGUGUGUGGGGAUGUCGGUUUCGGGAAGACAGAAGUCGCCUUGCGCGCAAUUCUCCUUGUCAUUUCAAAUAAGAAGCAGGUCAUGGUGUUAGCGCCGACGACUGUGCUUGUGAAGCAGCACUACACGGUGAUAAAAAGGCGGUUCAGGAAAUUUCCAAGUGUUUCUAUUGCGAUGCUCAGCAGAUUGCAGAAGGAUAGAGAGAAGCGAGAGAUCAUUGGCAGAAUCAAGGACGGUACUGUGGACAUUGUCGUUGGAACACAUGCACUCCUGGGAAAUGCAGUGAACUACCGGAACGUUGGCUUGCUUGUCGUCGAUGAAGAGCAGAGAUUCGGAGUCAAACAGAAGGAGAAGAUCUCUGCGAUGAAGACCAAUGUGGACGUCCUUAUGUUAUCCGCAACUCCGAUUCCGCGUACACUAUACAUGGCACUCAGUGGCUUCCGGGACACAAGCCUGAUCAAUACACCACCGCCUGAGAGACGGCCGAUCCAGACCCAUCUUAUGGUUUAUCGGCAAGAGGACGCCCGCAAAGCGGUUCAGGCAGAGCUGGAUAGAGGAGGGCAAAUUUAUUACGUCGUCCCUCGCAUUGCAGGCGAAGGUUUUAAGCUUGCAGAGCGUGACAUGGUUAUCCGAGGGAUUGGCACAGUGUUCGGAGAGAAACAGAGUGGUGAGGCAUCAAGACUGGGGAUGGACUUGUACUUGGAGAUGCUGUACGAAGGCUUAGAAAAGGUGGGGCAUCAAAGUUUGCCAAAGGUCGAGUACGAUGCUGUCCAGUUGGAUAUUGAUUUUAGACCGGAAAUUCCUGAGGAAUACGUCCCAUCGGAGAAGGAGAGAGAGAGGAUUGUGAAGGAAGGAGAGCGGGUUGCGGCGACCGGAAUGAAAUCACUCAUAAUGUUCACAGAGACAUUGCGAACGACAUUUGGCAGAGAGCCCACAAGCGUCGAGAUAUGGCUGAAGACUUUAUACGUCAAGAGAGCUGCUGCUGAUCUUGGGAUCUCAAGAAUCGCUUCUGAGGGUAGAACCAUCACACUCGAGACAGCAAUGGCCAUGCCAGCCUUCAAUAUGCUCGUCAGCUCCAUCGAGACAAGAUCAUUGAAGAAAUCUCUAACAUUCACCGAUGGCAGGAUGGAGAGGGAGCCGCAGAGCGCAUCCCGCCGUCGCAGCAACAAUACCUGGAUCCCCGGACGGUUCGCGAUCAUGCCUUCAGCCUUCUUCGGGCACCCCACAGCGGAGCAGUUCGCUGCCAUUCGAGAAGAAGAGGAGGAAGAGGAAAGCACCAACAGUGACGAAGACGAAGAUGCGCAGGAGGAAGGCGGGGAUGUUGACGAAGAGCUCGACGAAGAAGACAAAACCCCCGAAGAAGGAAGCUAUAGCGAGCAUAGCGAGGGGGAACAGAGCGAAGAAGAAGAAGAAGACGAGGAAGGAGAAGAGGAGCACGAAGAAGAACCUGCUGGAUCGGACUGGGAAGCCGUGCCGGAAGAAGCGCUGCGUACGGGUACAGAGGCUGAGGAUCCCAAGGCGGCCCGCAAAAGAGAAGAGAUCGUGGUCGGGAAGGAGCUAGAGCUCGCAAGCGCGGCGAGUCUGCAGAUCCACGACGACCCAAACUGAGAUCCGGAGCCGCCCCGACCUGA